AUGCACAAAGCCUACUGGCGUGAAGCAAAGGACCCUGCUUACUGGGUGAAUAUUCACCACCUGGAGUAUACAGAUGGAGGGAUCCUGGACCCUGAUGAUGUGCUGGCAGAUGUUGUGGAAGACAAAGAUAAGCUCAUUGCUGUGUAUGAUGAACAAGAAUCUCACCACAAGAUUGAUGGCACCAAUGGCAGUUUGACAGAUGGACACAGCCCAGAUCCUUUUGAGAUGGAGGUAGCCGCCCAGCUGGCUGCUUUUCAACCAAUUGGUGGUGAGAUUGAAGUUACACCGUCUGCAUUGAAAUUGGGCACACCACUGCUAGUGAGGAGGAGCAGUGAUUCUGCAUUUGGUCCACUUACUGAUUUCCAUCCAAGUGCUUCACAUCACAGUGACCAUAGUCUGAAGCCUGUUGUGGCAGGUGCACCACAGAUAUCUUUUGAAGAUGAGGAGUUGAAUCUCAUUGGACACACUGAAUUACUGACAUCUCAGAAGACCAAAUUCACUUUCAGUGAUAUGACAAGAAGAGUGGAGAUUUCUGGAGAAGGUGGCCCUUUGGGAAUACAUGUAGUGCCCUUUUUUUCAUCUCUGAGUGGAAGGAUGUUAGGACUCUUUAUUCGUGGUAUUGAGGAGAACAGCAGGUCCAGGCGUGAUGGACUUUUCCAUGAAAAUGAAUGUAUUGUGAAAAUUAACCACGUGGACCUUGUUGAUAGAACUUUUGCCCAGGCUCAGGAUAUCUUUCGCCAGGCAAUGAAAUCUCAGAGUGUCAUCUUGGAAGUGGUUCCUCCAUAUAACCGUGAGGCAUAUGAAAAGUCUGUCAUUGCUCCUCUUUGUUUGCUUGAUACUGAGGAAGGAGUUCCAAAAACAAAAGUUCCACCACCUGUUCAUCCAAAACCAGCUAUGAAAACAGUUGAUCUCUCUGGUAUGAACAGCCUGGACACAUGUGUACAGGCAACACUACAACAAACCAAAAGUCCUAACUUGCCAAGGUUGGGAAGGAAACCAUCCUCACCAUCACUGUCUCCUCUGCUGGGAUUUGGCAACAAAAAACAUGCAAAGAGAAUAAAGAUAGACCUCAAGAAAGGUCCUGAAGGACUUGGCUUCACUGUGGUUACCAGGGACUCUUCAGUACAUGGCCCUGGUCCCAUUUUUGUGAAGAAUAUAUUGCCAAAAGGGGCAGCAGUAAAAGAUGGCCGUCUACAGUCAGGAGAUAGGCUACUGGAGGUGAAUGGCAGAGACAUCACUGGCAGGACCCAAGAAGAGCUAGUUGCUAUGCUGAGGAGUACUAAGCAAGGGGAGACUGUUUCUCUGAUUGUAGCUCGCCAGGAGGAAGCCUUUCUGCCUCGAGAGCUGAAAGGAGAGCCCAAUUGUAGUGUUCUUUCACCGGAAACCACAGAACAGCUGACAUUUGAGAUCCCUCUGAAUGACUCUGGUUCUGCAGGACUUGGUGUGAGUUUAAAAGGCAACAAAUCUCGAGAGACUGGGGCUGACCUUGGGAUUUUCAUCAAAUCAGUAAUCCAUGGAGGAGCUGCUUUUAAGGAUGGCCGCCUGCGGAUAAAUGACCAGCUGAUUGCAGUGAAUGGGGAAUCUCUUCUGGGGAAAUCAAACCAUGAAGCUAUGGAGACAUUGAGGCGUUCCAUGUCUAUGGAAGGGAACAUUCGUGGGAUGAUCCAGUUGGUAGUCCUCAGGAGACUGGAGAGACAGAUGGAGGAGCGUUCAGACCAUGGAGUUUUUCAAAAACCAGCUUUUGAGGGCAGUCAUAAUUUUACAGCUAUCUCCAGGCUCAAUGAUACUGUCCAGCAGCAAUUUGUAACUUGCAGUCCCCAGGAAAGACUAAAAGUUUCAGAUCUCCCUAUGUCUGAUCACGGCAAUGCUGAGAAUGAAGUUCCACCUCCUCUGCCACCACACCCUACUGAGGAACUACUUACUGAAGAUUAUAACCAUAGCUCUGUAGUGGAUUCAGCAGCAUAUUUAACAGAUCAGCACAUCAACUUCAGAUCUCUGACACCAGCCAAGCAGCCUGAAUCAAUUAAUCUGAAAGCCUCAAAAAGCAUGGAUCUUGUGGCAGAUGAAAGCAAAGUUAGUUCACUGGGUGGACAGAAAUUAGAACAAGCCUCUUGCAGUUCAAAGUGAAAGAUGGAAACCUGA